CCCAGUCACUAUACUCUCCUCGGACAAGCAAGCGCUGGAAGAUCCACUGUGUGGGCCUCAAAGCCAACCACAAUUUACAGAUAGGCAUGCAAGCAUAAUACCGGCUGCAGAAUAGUCUUGCUCGCCAGCCAAUAGGACCCCGAUGCGCACCGUCCAGGACCACCGCAAUAUUAAAUUUGUCAACAAAAGAGCCUCUCAACCUCCUGAGCCUUCAAGGCUGAUUCUCCCAGGCGCUUUGAGGUAUUCAUCCCGCCGACUACCGCCAUGGCAACAACGACAGCCGCAAGCGAAACUCUGGACGCCCAUCUCCCGCUGACGACGACGUUCACGCCUCCAGACUCCUGCAUCAGCAACUUGUGGCUCGGUAGUACCAGCGGAAAGACAUGGAUGAACCUGGGCCCGAUCAGCCAUUCGGAAUGUCUCCCCUCGGGCUGGCAGAAGACAGACUACUACUCCCCGGGCGUCUGUCCCACGGGCUACGGAGUUGCUGCCAGCGGCACCGUGAUGGACGGCUCUGUCACCGAAACCGCAGCAACCUGCUGUCCAACACUCGACGGCCACACAUACUUGAUCCGCCCAACAUCCACCGUCUCUGAAUCCAUUGACUGCCUAUGGAGCCCAGGCCCCGACGUCACCACUGAAUUCGUAUAUACCUGGACCGGCGAGGACGGGUCGACAUCUAGCACCGACACUGCGUUGAGCAGCGAUGACCAUGUCAACGCUUACGCCGUUUAUAUCCGAUGGCAGUCGACUGAUUUCAGCACGCCGGCGUCAAAUACCGCCGCCAGCACUACCGCAGCUGCUACGUCCUCUGAGACCGCGACCGACUCGUCGAGCGGAUCAGGACUCUCGACAGGAGCCAAGGCUGGUGUUGGGGUCGGGGUUGCUGUGGGUGUAAUUCUGGCGGUAAUGGCCCUGGCUUUCUUCUUCAUGCGGCGGCGAAAGGGUCAGGCAGCGCGGAGCCAGCAGACUCUGGGCGAUGCAGGUGCGGGAUUGAAAUAUCAACCGCCUAGCGAGAUGCCGACAGAUUAUACGCAGGGGUUGGGAAAGAGAGUUGUGGAGAUGCCUGCAGGGGGAAAUAUGCCGGUGGAACUGGACGGGUCGAAGAGAUGAACAUUUCUAUUCUUUUAAGGAUAGAAGUGCGCUCUUGACGGCUGCCAGCUUGGGAUGACUACCGAAUCUACAGAUAAUACCAAUGUUUUGACGUUACUUUAUAUACCAACCGGAUGGGCCGCUGGAGACCGGUUAGCUAAUAGAACUAAAACCCUUGAUAUACCAACAGCGACGAGAAUAGAGCUAUCUUCGAUACUCCACACAUUAGACUAAUAUACUUGAUACAUUCUACUGCAACAACGACUCGCGAGGUUCAUUAUAAGGUUCAC